AUGCCGUCUAGGACUUUAACAAGCUACAAACUGAAUGCAAAGGCCCUAGCUCCAGCUAUUCGGACGUGUAAGGGCGGUGACAAUACUUACCCGUCGUUUGAAAGACUGUUACUGGCUGCCUGCGUGGCCUGGCGUGACUCUGCCGAGACCUCCCGACCCGCAUUAACGAGGAACUGGCAGUCACGUCUGCGAAGUGACCCCGCCGAGUGCGACGACCGCCCCGCCCCGGUGCAGUCAUGCGCCACCCACGCGCGCUCCGAGCCGCCUUCGGGAAUUGCGCCCCCGGCGAUGAGACGGCGCCGGGGCCACCGCCACGGCCGCGUAGACCGGGUGUUUGCAGAACUGGGCGGGGACGUCGGGCGGGCUUCGAGGCCUCGGGGGCGGCUCCAGCCAGUGGCUCUGGGGCGCGCCGCAUGCCUCUCAUUCAACAGAUAUGCUGAGAGUCUGCUGGCUGAGCCCAGGAAACUGCGGGAACAGAGAGCUUCCCUUCCAGAACCCAACGUCUUCCUCAUCAUCAGCCAUGGACUGCAGGGCUGCCUGGAGGCCCAGGGGGGCCAGGUCAGAGUCACCCCAGCCUGCAAUGCCAGUUUCCCUGCUCAGCGCUGGAAGUGGGUCUCCCGAAACCGGCUCUUCAACCUGGGCACCAUGCAGUGUCUGGGCACAGGCUGGCCAGGCACCAACACCACUGCCUCCUUGGGCAUGUAUGAGUGUGACCGGGAGGCAAUGAAUCUUCGCUGGCACUGUCGUACACUGGGUGACCAGUUGUCCCUGCUCCUUGGGGGCCGAGCUGGCAACCUGUCUAAGCCUGGUUCUCUGGAGCGGGGUGACCAGACCCGCAGUGGCCAGUGGCGCAUCUAUGGCAGCGACGAGGAUCUUUGUGCUCGGCCCUACUAUGAGAUCUACACCAUCCAGGGCAACUCCCACGGGAAGCCAUGCACGAUCCCCUUCAAGUAUGACAACCAGUGGUUCCACAGCUGCACCAGCACGGGCCGUGAGGAUGGGCACCUCUGGUGCGCCACCACCCAGGACUACGGCAAGGAUGAGCGCUGGGGCUUCUGCCCUAUCAAGAGUAACGACUGCGAGACCUUCUGGGACAAGGACCAGCUGACUGACAGCUGCUACCAGUUUAACUUCCAGUCCACACUGUCCUGGAGGGAGGCCUGGGCCAGCUGUGAGCAGCAGGGGGCAGACCUGCUGAGCAUCACUGAGAUCCAUGAGCAGACCUACAUCAAUGGGCUCCUCACUGGCUACAGCUCCACACUGUGGAUCGGCCUUAAUGACCUGGAUACCAGUGGAGGCUGGCAGUGGUCGGACAACUCGCCCCUCAAGUAUCUCAACUGGGAGAGUGACCAGCCGGACAACCCGAGUGAGGAAAACUGUGGGGUGAUCCGCACUGAGUCCUCAGGCGGCUGGCAGAACCGUGACUGCAGCAUUGCCCUGCCCUACGUGUGCAAGAAGAAGCCAAAUGCCACGGCUGAGCCCAAUCCUCCAGACAGGUGGGCCAACGUGAAGGUGGAGUGUGAGCCGAGCUGGCAGCCCUUCCAGGGCCAUUGCUACCGCCUGCAGGCUGAGAAGCGCAGCUGGCAGGAGUCCAAGAAGGCGUGUCUGCGGGGUGGUGGCGACCUGCUCAGCAUCCACAGCAUGGCCGAGCUAGAGUUCAUCACCAAGCAGAUCAAGCAAGAGGUGGAGGAGCUGUGGAUUGGACUCAACGACUUGAAACUGCAGAUGAAUUUUGAGUGGUCCGACGGGAGCCUUGUGAGCUUCACCCACUGGCACCCCUUUGAGCCUAACAACUUCCGGGACAGUCUGGAGGACUGUGUCACCAUCUGGGGGCCGGAAGGUCGCUGGAAUGACAGUCCCUGUAACCAGUCCCUGCCCUCCAUCUGCAAGAAGGCGGGCCAGCUGAGCCAGGGGACAGCUGAGGAGGACCAUGGCUGCCGCAAGGGUUGGACGUGGCACAGCCCAUCCUGCUACUGGCUGGGGGAGGACCAGGUGACCUAUAGUGAGGCCCGGCGUCUGUGCACCGACCAUGGCUCCCAGCUGGUCACCAUCACCAACAGGUUUGAGCAGGCCUUCGUCAGCAGCCUCAUCUACAACUGGGAGGGGAAGUACUUCUGGACGGCCCUGCAGGACCUCAACGCCACCGGCUCCUUCCGCUGGCUCAGUGGGGAUGAAGUCAUGUACACCCACUGGAACCGGGACCAGCCCGGGUACAGCCGUGGGGGCUGCGUGGCCCUGGCCACAGGCAGCGCCAUGGGGCUAUGGGAGGUGAAGAACUGCACGGCCUUCCGGGCCCGCUACAUCUGCCGGCAGAGCCUGGGCACACCAGUGACACCAGAGCUGCCCGGGCCAGACCCCACGCCCAGCCUCACUGGAGCCUGUCCCCAGGACUGGGCCUCGGACCCCAAACUACGGUACUGCUAUAAGGUGUUCAGCUCUGAGAGGCUGCAGGACAAGAAGAGCUGGAUCCAAGCCCAGGGCGCCUGCCAGGAGAUGGGGGCCCAGCUGCUGAGCCUGGGCAGCUACGAGGAGGAGCAUUUUGUGGCCAACAUGCUCAACAAGAUCUUUGGUGUAUCAGAGCCCGAGAUCCACGAGCAGCACUGGUUCUGGAUCGGCCUGAACCGUCGGGACCCAGGAGCUGGGCAGAGCUGGCGCUGGAGCGAUGGCCUCGGGUUCUCUUACCACAAUUUCGACCGGAGCCGGCACGACGACGACAACAUCCGGAGCUGUGCAGUGCUGGACCUGGCCUCCCUGCAGUGGGUGGCCAUGCAGUGCGAGAUGCAGCUGGACUGGAUCUGCAAGAUCCCCAGAGGGACAGACAUCCGAGAGCCCGAUGACAGCCCACAAGGCCCGCUAGAGUGGCAGCGCUUCCAGGAUGCCGAGUACAGGUUCUUUGAGCACCAGGCCACGUGGGUGCAGGCACAGCGCAUCUGCACCUGGUUCCAGGCCAAGCUGACCUCUGUGCACAGCCAGGCCGAGCUGGACUUCCUGGGGCAAAACCUGCAGAAGUUCUUUCGAGGCCAGGAGCAGCACUGGUGGAUUGGCCUGCAUACCUUGGAGAACGAUGGCCGCUUCAGGUGGAUAGAUGAUUCCGUUGUCGACUUCAUCUCCUGGGCACCUGGCAAACCUCGGCCCCUGGGCAAGGACAAGAAGUGCGUCUACAUGACAGCCAGCCGAGAGGACUGGGGGGACCAGAGGUGCCUGACAGUCUUGCCUUACAUCUGCAAGCGCAGCAACAGCACCAGCAAGAUGCCGCCCCCUGACCUGCCACCUCCAGCCCUGGGGGGCUGUCCUGCUGGCUGGAACCAGAUCCUCAACAAGUGUUUCCGGAUCCAGGGCCAGGACCCCCAAGACCGGGUGAAGUGGUCGGAGGCACAGUUCUCGUGUGAACAGCAAGAGGCCCAGCUGGUCACUGUGGCGAACCCCUUAGAGCAAGCAUUCAUCACGGCCAGCCUGCCCAAUGUGACCUUUGACCUUUGGAUCGGCCUCCACGCCUCACCGAGGGCCUUCCAGUGGGUGGAGCAGGAGCCUCUGUUGUACACCAACUGGGCACCGGGGGAGCCCUCUGGCCCUAGCCCUGCUCCCAGCAGCAACAAACUGACCAGCUGUGCGGUGGUCCUGCACAGCCCCUCAGCCCACUUCACUGGCCGCUGGGAUGAUCGGAGCUGCACGGACGAGACACAUGGCUUCAUCUGCCAGAAGGGCACUGACCCCUCCCUGAGCCCACCCCCUGCCCUGGGCACCGAGCUCUCCUACCUCAAUGGCACCUUCCGACUGCUGCAGAAGCCGCUGCGCUGGCAUGACGCCCUCCUGCUCUGCGAGAGCCACAAUGCUAGCCUGGCACACGUGCCCAACCCCUACACCCAGGCCUUUCUCACACAGGCCGCCUGGAGGCUGCACACGCCGCUCUGGAUCGGGCUGGCCAGUGAAGAGGGCUCCUGGAGGUACUCCUGGGUCUCAGAGGAGCCUCUGAGCUACGUGGGCUGGCAGGAUGAGGAGCCCCGGCAGCUGGGGGGCUGCGUCUAUGUGGAUGUGGAUGGGGCCUGGCGCACUACCAGCUGCGACACCAAGCUGCAGGGGGCUGUGUGUGGAGUUAACCGUGGAACCCCUUCUCCUCGAAAAAUAAGCUACCAUGGCAGCUGUCCCCAGGGGCUGGCCGACUCAGCUUGGAUUCCCUUUCGGGAGCACUGCUACUCCUUCCACAUGGAGCUGCUGCUGGGCCACAAGGAGGCACUGCAGCACUGCCAGAGAGUGGGUGGGACAGUCCUGUCCAUCCUGGAUGAGAUGGAGAACGUGUUUGUCUGGGAGCACCUGCAGAGCUCUGAGGACCAAAGUCGGGGAGCCUGGCUGGGCAUGAACUUCAACCCCAAAGGGGGCACCCUGGUCUGGCAGGACAACACCGCCGUGAACUACUCCAACUGGGCCCCCCCCGGCCUGGGCCCCAGCAUGCUGAGCCACAACAGCUGCUACUGGAUCCAGAGCCACAGCGGGCUGUGGCGCCCCGGCGCCUGCACCAACGUCACCAUGGGCGUCGUCUGCAAGCUCCCUCGCGCUGAGCAGAGCAGCUUCUCCCCAUCAGCAGCGCUCCCGGAGAACCCAGCGGCCUUGGUGGUGGUGCUGAUGGCGGUGCUGCUGCUCCUAGCCCUGCUGACCGCAGCCCUCAUCCUCUACCGGCGGCGACAGAACGCCGAGCGAGGGGCUUUCGAGGGCGCCCGCUACAGCCGCACCAGCAGCUCCGGCCCCGGCGAGACCACCGAGAAGAACAUCCUGGUGUCCGACAUGGAAAUGAAUGAGCAGCAAGACUAGAGCCAAGGGCGUAGGCAGGGCGGGGGCAGGAGGGUUGGGGAGGCCAGGCUCCCCCAGCCACCGGACCAGUUGGCCUACGGAGGGGUGGCUUUGGGAGUUGCGGCUGGCAGUGGGGCUUGUAGGGCCUGGGCUGGCAGGUCCCACCAUCCCGGGAGGACUGGGUUCAGACCCAGCCAAGUGCAGCGUGGCGUUUCCCUUUCUGGGGGCCUGAGGUCUGUCACCUGGGCCUGUGCCCCCACUGUAACCAGAGGCAGGAUGGGAGGGGGAACAGAGCCUCUCUGCCUCUUCCUCCCCACCCUCCAUCUCAGGCCUGCUGACUGUACCCCAAGACCCUUUCCUACUGCAGAGCCUGAGCAGCCCCAUGCCCUCGGGCAGCUCUCCUUUGCUUCCAUUUCCCCAUCUAGCAGCCUCAGCUCUGUGCCCACUUCCUUUUCCUAUUUUCCCCUAACCCUUCCUUCUGAGCCAGAGCCUUGAGGCUUGGGGAGCCCUCUUGCUCUUGGUGGGAGUAUAGCUGAGGGGUGGAGCAUUGAUCAUUCCUGGGCCCACUGGGGUGGCCCUGGGCAUGGCAGGAGGGCCCAGGUAGAUCAGGCUGAGCACCAGGACACCAGCAUGGUGUCUGCUGGGCUGGAGACAGGACUAGGAGAGACACCCCGACCUCCCAUGGGGGAGCUGGGCUGGACUGGGGUGUCAUCUCCUGCCAGUUGGGGGAGGGCUCUGUCCCUGAAAGAGUCCCCUGUGGGGACCAAAAUAAAUUCCCUGAUGUCUCCAGCUCUUGGCUCUGGUUUGGCGAGAGAGGAGUAAGUUGCCAGAGUCCUGAGAGCCCAGACAAGCAGGAGCCCACACUCUGGUGGGGCCUUGGGGACAGUGCCGAGCUCCUGGAGGGCCCAGGGGGCAGGAGCUAACUCAGCGCCUUUCCAAAGGCCAAAUCCCAGCCAGGAGGGGGUGCGGCUAGUCCUGGUGCCACAGCACGGGACAAUGUGAACACAGACUCAAAGACAUGGUCCCUUUUUCUAGUUCUUGAUUUUUUAAAAAAUGUGCCAUGAUUGUUUAAAAAAGAAAAAAGGAAAAAAGAAAAGCAAACAAAUAAAACUCCUUUAAGAGGCUUGAGAGGGAAGUCCUGCCUGUCCAUUGUGA